AUGGAUGAAGCAAACAGGCCUUUGUGUCUAGUCUAUUAUUUGGAUUCAGAGAGAGCAUUCCACACAUCAGAUCCAGAGCCAAUUCGAGUCGUCUUUUCCAGGGAGAUACGGGGUUCUCAGCAUCAGCUCUGCAAAAAUGAUACCCACUGCCCAGACAUCGAUGGCUGGAGAGUAAUGCUGAGCUCCAAACAAAAGCUCUGGGCUUCUGUACCAUCGGGUGACGACGUUGGAUGUCAGUUUUUCGUUUGGAUGGCCAAGAGAUCUGGCCAGACCGAAAUCCGCCAGUUUCAGGUAGCCUUCUGGCGAGAUCAGCAAGUUAUUUGGUUUCAAAUCGCGAUGAAGAAUCCCGUUUCUAUGGCAAUGGUGCAGUCCUCUCAAAGUCAUCAGCAUCCACGACUUGAUAUCUGCUGGAAUGAUCAUGAUCUUCUUGUCGUUUAUGAUCAUUUCAAGGUCCGAAGAAAGAUAUUCGGUUUGCCGAUAGGGGCUCAGGAUGCUUUAAACUCGGCUUCCAUUGGGUACAUGAUUGUGAUAGGGAUAAUCAUUGGCUCGAGCAUAGUUAUCGUGAUAGCUUUGAUUAUCUAUCUUUUCCACGAGCUUCUAAGAAAAGGAAUCCGUCUUACUAACGAGUUCCCUGGUUCUAUAGAUGAUGCUGCAUUGGAGGCGGAAGAAGAUAGACGUGCAUUGGACGAGCUGCCUCCAAACGAACAAGAGCUGUAUUUUCAGGCCAAGGACUUUCUCAAGCUCAACCCCAUGAAUAACCAGGAUCUGACGUUGUCCCAAAACCUCAUCAUCCAGGAAAAAGGAGUUGCUGCUUGGGAAUUUCGUCCCCAUGUUGAAUGUCAAGAUUUGAUAUCCGUGGCGAAUAAAACCGAGAUCGAGUUCAAAAACUCAGGACAAGAACUAUCCAUCCAGACCAACUUUCCUAUACCCAAAUUGAACGAGGUCUACUACUUUGAAACAAAAGUUUACGAGCUUCCCAACCCGCAAGAUACCAUAUUCUCCGUUGGACUAUCUACAUCGCCAUACCCAUUUUUCCGCCUUCCUGGCCGCAACAGGAUCUCCGCCGCUUACGACUCAAACGGAUACCGUCGCUUCAACCAGCCGUUCCCGCUUCAACCAAGCACCUUCCCAGUUCUCGAGCACGGCGACGUGAUUGGAUGUGGUUUGAGAACCACCACCAGGACUCUUUUCUGGACCAGAAACGGCAAGAAGAUCUCUGAGUCCAAAAUAGGGGGGCACAUCAAGGUGCCAAAGAACCUGCAACUGUAUCCGACGAUUGGCGCAAACAACAAGUGCGAAUUGCACGUGAAUAUGGGACAGGCUGGAUAUGUUUUCAUUGAAGGAAACGUCAAAAAAUGGGGCUUUGGACCGUUGGAAGGAAACGAGAUGCCUCCACCGCUAUACACCAAGUUCAACAAAGAUGUGUUAUUAGAGAGCAGCGACCUGGAUCCGUCAGACCUGAGUCUUCGAAACGGUGACUUUCCACCAGACUUCUGGGACACCCUCGACACACCUGCUGAGUUCAGCGAGGUGGAAGAAAACAUCACCCUUCACAGUUUGAAAGAGAUACAGGAUCAGGAAUUGGAACAGGAGCUGGAGCAAGAGCUACAACAAGGACCAGAAAGCCCGCCAGGCUACGAAGUUUAG